AUGAAAGACGAAAGCGCUUCCAAUAGCGGCGGUAACCCUGCGCAGCAGCCGCCGUCUCAGCAAGAUGACUUCACCUCGCUCUUCACCAAUCUCUCCCUCAGUCGGCAGCAGACGACUCCUCAUGACCCCGACCGAACACCUAGAAUCUGCAACCCUUGCAGCUACGAAAUCGGACGUGAUGCCGAAACUUGCCAAGCACGCUGCUUCUGUUUGCUCUUGAUCGAUGCUCAGGAAAGUAUUGAGCUUAUUUUCAAGAAGCAACACCUUGAUGAGGAUGAUCUGGCUGAGGAGCAGAGGUUCUACCAAAUCAGGGACGAUGCAAUCACAAGCUUCUUUGAUGCGAUAGGACGAGGUGCAAACAAUGUUGGGCUGCAGCUCUUGGGACAUCUGAACGCGUGA